UAGCGGUGCACAUUUAGCAGUUAGCUCAUAGUCAGUCUUCAAAUAUUUUUUAUUUAUUGAAGAUACAAAGUUCUAAGAGUUCCUUGAAUACGCUACCCGGUGAAUUCGAAGCGAUUAUAGAUUUUCCCUUUUACAAACCUUGCAGUCAUGUCGGCGAUGCUACGUGGUGYUUUUCUCCUGCUUAUUGCCGUGCUUCUCCUGAGCGCUCACAACACCGCGGCCAACAACUCACGGCCGCCACGCAACAAUGACAUUAGCAACAUGGCCGACGCACUGCGAUAUUUACAGGACCUGGAUGCUUACUAUGGCGAUCGGGCGCGUGCCAGAUUCGGCAAGCGCGCGUCUUUGAUACAAAUUUUGCGGCAACAUCUACUCGAAAACCCGGAGCUGUUGCAAAACGCUGAGUAUAAGUCAUUGGAUGAAGUAUAUUAAACAAUUAUCUGGAUCUCUCUAAUUAAAAUCAACGGACAAAAAAUCAAAAAACAAAUGCCUAAUACUAGCAACAUCUGUAAACAAUAUGAGGUGAAAAUAACAGCAAAUCAUAUCGCAACUCUGUAGUAAUUUUUUCAAAACU